AAUCGGAGCUUCGACUCUUGCUUUGUCGUCGAUAAAAAUUUGAUCUUGUCUACAAAAAUUUGAUCUUGACGUAGGUCUGUAUGCUGAUUCCACCAUGAAUCUACGUCCUCUUCCGCUGGUUCGACGUCGAAUACGCACGGCGGACGGUAUUAAAUUUGCCACCCGAACGGGAGUUUAAUACCACUAGGUGAAAAAAAUCUAGGAGAAGCUGUCGCUGCUAGGACACAUCCCUUCGGAUUCACCCGGUGUUUUUGGUUCCUAGUGACUUCAUGGAAGACCGGACCAGAAAAGGCAACGGAGGAGCGUGACAACAACGUCGGGCUUUCGAGGAGAGAGGCCUGCUCCGGCAUUUCAGAAAGAGCGCAGCAAGGACGACCCAAGAUCGAGAUGUCGCUGGUAGUCAAGAAGCCGGUGGAUCCAGAUCCCAAGUCCGAACAAGUGGCAUCAACCUACCAUAGGGAGACAAAAAGACAGAAGAGACUUGUUAUUGAUGAUUUAUAUCACUAUGAUCAUGUUGGGGGGAAAUCUCCUGCCAUGGAGCGGGCAGAAGAUUUUCGAGCAAAUUUGCCAGCUGAAAUCCCUAGCUUCCUGAAGACUAUGGUGCGGUCAAAUGUUACUACUGGAUUUUGGCUGCAUCUUCCCAUGCCAUUCUGCAAAUUGCAUAUGCCCAGAAAUAAUAUCACUGUUACUUUGGAAGAUGAGAAUGGGGACGAAUACCCUGUAAACUACAUUGUGGAUAAGACAGCACUAAGUGCUGGAUGGAAAAAGUUCUCAAGUGCACGGGAAUUAAUGGAGGGUGAUGUACUAGUUUUCCAGUUGGUCAGAGCUUCCGUCUUCAAGGUACACAUUGUGAGAGGGAAUAAUUCCCAAGGGGUUUUUGGUCUGGAUGCAUCCAGAAAACAAAAUGAUUCUGAAAACCGCAUGGACAAGGAAGUCAUACCCAACGAGAAGACCCCAAGUUCAGGACCUGUUUCACAAGACGUAUCUCCUGACAAUGCUCAAAGCAAAAGCUUGAUGGUUUUGGAUACUAAUCCCCCAUGCACGCCUGAUCAGCCUGGCAAGUUGGGUGAUGAGAUCGGUCCAGAUGCCACACAUGGGACUAGACUCUCAAACUCAAUAUCUGCCAUUGAUUGCGGAGAGGCAACAAGCAACGGCAGUCUGACUGUACUUGUCAGUGGCACAGCUAUUGACUCUGACCUUUCUGAGUACCAGAGGACAAGAUAUUUGGAGCUCUGCUCCAGUCAGAAUGGGUUUCUGCAUGACAACCUUCUCAAGAGCAUUAAUUACAAGUUGGCUGCUGAGAUGAUUUCUGAGACGGUCAACAUUGCAGAUGCAAUUAAAGCUAGCAACCUUUCCACUUCAAGAGCGGACCUUGAGAUGUGGGACAAGACUUUGGAGGGAUUUGAGCUUUUGGGAAUGAAAGUUGGAUUUUUACGUGCUCGGUUGGACCAAAUCAAGAAUGUCGCUUCGGAGUUAGAGAGGUAUCGAGAUGCUGAAAAUAAGCAAGCUGCGGUCCAGGAGGAGAUGAGGACCGUUCAAGUGAGGCUAUUGAAGUUGAAGAAGUUGAAGAAAAGACUCGAUGCUGAUAUAGAAUCUCUGAAGACUAAUGCGGAGAGGCAUGAACAUGUGUUCCAGGAGGAGGCUAGUGCUCCAUGGUGAUAAGAAAUCUGUAAGAAUGUACUUCUGUAAAAUGUUCUUUCCAGUAGUGGAUGCAGUUGCAAGAUCAUAUUAUGGCCCAUUGUAAUUUAGCGUAACAUCACCAAUGGCUACAUUUGCAUUUAUAAUGGCAAGAGAGUCUAAAAAAGAUCCAUGCUUCAGUUCUUUUUUUUCUUUGAGAAGAUACCAUUAAUACCUCUAUGUUUUGAAAGUUGAAUAUAUCACAUGAAGGGAUAUGUUUUGCUG